UUAUUUAUUUAUAUAGCUAAGCUAUUUGAAGAAAAUAAAUAAAUAAAUAAUAAAGAAUUUAAGUAAAUUUUAAGUAAAUUUAAAAAAUUAUCAAAACAACUCUCAAAAAAAACCAAAAAAUAGAAAAUGGAAGGAGAAAUUAUUGUAAAACUAAAACUUUCCAAUGAAGGAACCUUUGAAAUUAAGAUUGACCCUAAGGCCACUGUUUUGUAGUUUAAGGAAAAGAUUGCUAAGGAAAAGAAUUGCGAAACUGGUCACAUUAAGCUGAUUUACAAAGGAAAAUGGUUGAAGAAUGAUGAAGAAACUUUGGAACAUAACAAAGUUAUUGAUGGAAACACAAUGCACAUUAUCAUUAAUAAGCCUAAUGAAGCUGAUAAUAGCAACACCACUAAUGCUUAAACCAGUUCUACAACUAAUACAACCUCUUCAUCUACUUCAAGUCAAGUUCCUAACAACUUGAAUGCUGGUUAAGGUUAAAAUCCCUUUGCCUCUUUGGGAGGUUUAGGAGGACUUGGUGGACUUGGCGGUCUUGGUGGUCUCGGAGGUUUGGGAGCUAAUGGUUAACUUGACCCUAAUGACCUUGCCUAAGCUAUGCAAUCUCCUUAAGUACAAUAAAUGAUGUAAUAGAUGCUUUCCAACCCAUAAGCUCUCCAACAAAUGCUCCAAUAGAAUCCUUACACCAGAUAAAUGCUUGAACAAAAUCCUCAACUCUUAUAAAUGCUUUCUGACCCCAUGAUGAUUUAAAUGAUUAGUAACCCUUAAUUCUUACAAAAUGCCAUGCAAAUGAUGGGUAAUAAUGGUGGCAUGGGUGGCAUGGGAGGCCUUGGUGGUCUAGGAGGACUUGGCGGAUUAGGAGGACUCGGUGGUUUAGGUGCUUUUGGUUAACAAUAACCUUAAUAAUAGGCAUAAUAAUAAGCAUAAUAAUAGGGAUAAUAAGGAACUUAAUAAACAGGAUAAUAAUAAUAAUAGUAACCUGGUUAAUUACCUCCUUUCAAUUUUGCUCAAUUGUUAAACAAUCCUUUAUUCGGAGGAAUGGGUGGUAUGGGCGGCUUAGGAGGUUUCGGAUUCCCUCCUGCUCAAUAAGACAACACCCCUCCUGAAGAAAAAUAUAAGGAAUAGUUAGCUCAAUUAGAAGUUAUGGGUUUUACUAACAAAUAAGUUAACCUUGAAGCUCUUAAGGCUACAGGUGGUAACGUUGAAGCUGCUAUUGAACGUAUUUUAAACAUGCUUGGUUGA